AUGGCUGCUGCUGCUCGGAAGGACGAAUCCCCUGAGCAUAUCGGCGGUCCCAACAGAGAAUGUUGCCGCUCGGGCUGCUGUCGAGAGGGCUGGAAGUGCGGCGACAACGGCAUGUGCAAACCGCCACUUCCAGCCACUACCAACCCGACCACCAUUGCAACUCUCACCAAGUCUGACCCUGUCUCUCUUACCACCGACCAGGAUGUGUCGGGCACUUCAUCGGGAAGCUUUCAACUCCCCUCUGCGAGCAUGAUAGAGGACGAACCGAUGCCGGGACUCACUACCUCCCUGGGCUCGUCAAACACGCCCCCUAAGGUGACCAGCAUAGAGUUGCCUGGUACAGACCUACCUGGUACAUCUGUGUCUGGUACGGACGUGCCCGGUACGGAUGUGUCCAGCACAGGUGGCCAAGAUGCCACUUCCUUGACCCCGGAUAGAACUGAAACUGGUAUUCCAAUCGUCACCACCAACUCGGAUGGUCAAGUCACGACUUCUCCUAAGCAGACUAUUGAUCCUAGUAUGCAUAUCCCCAGCACAGUCAUUACCAACCCAGACGGCCAAGUCACCACCAUCCGUCCCAACGAGCCGAGCACUGUCACUACUGGAACAGGCAGUGAGGUGCCGACAGUUCAACCAGAUCAGUCUAGCGAGCCGGGUGCGCCCGGCGAGGGUGCCAUUGGCACAGAUUCCCGGGUUUCCACUACUCUUCCUCCUAGUAACACGGAAACCGCAACCCGUACGGUUAUUACCGACCCCAAAGGGCCAUUGUCUAUUGUUCUUCCUCCCGGUGAAACUGAGACAGGCAUCGACACACCCACGAUCUUUAGCAACCCCGAGGGUCAGGUCUCUACUAUCAUGCCCUCAGAUGAAACUGGUACUGGUACUGGCACUGCUACCGUCACUAACGAUCCCACGAGCCAGCCUUCUUCCGUUCUCUCCGGAGGCGAAACGGAGGCUGACACUUCUCCUAUCAUCACCAAUUCCAGCGGCCAGCCCACAACCGUCGCAGUCCCAGACGGAACUAGUGCUGGGACUGACACCGUCACCACUGGCCCCAACAACGGCCAGGUUUCACCCGGCGUUCAGCCUGAGACUUCUGAGUCUGGAACGGCGAUGCAAACUGUCACUACUGGCCCUGCCGACCAGUCAUCAAGUCUUGUACCAUCUGACACACCAGCCAUCCCGGAGACGACACCCAGUGGCGAGCCAGCGACAACGGACGGCACAACCACUGAGAAUCUGAACACUGGUAAUCAACAGGUCACUAGCUCAGGCGAUACUCUCACUGAACCCACGGGUUCGAGCGACGAAGUCACAACUGCCCCUGAGCCUACUGGUGGCCAAACGACUAUCCAUUCGGAUGACCAACCCACUAGCCCGUCAGAUGGCCAAAUCACUACCCCAUCAGAUGGCCAGACCACAGUAGCCCCAGAGCUGACAGAGACAGAGAAUGGCGGUCUCGUGAUCGUCCCAGUCACGACACCGGUUCCUAACGUUGAGUGUGACGACAACGGUAUCAAGAUUCCCUGCGACAUAUGGUUCUUCAACCUCUGCAUUGCUCCAAUUGAGGGCUGA